AAAUAAAAUUUAUUUACAGUACCUAUGAAAAAAAUCCAAACAUUGUCUAUCUAGAUUGUUUGUGUGGUGUGCUAUAAAUAUUUUUCUCGAAAAUAAAAAUGCAUUAGACUAAUAUCUUAUAAAUUGGUAUAAGCCAAAAGCGGUACUUUAAAAAUCGAUUAAAAUGACGGACGAACGCAAUUUCAGAUCGUCAUACUACGAAAAAGUUGGUUGUCGGGGGGUAGAGGAGAAGAAAUCUUUGGAAAUCCUUAUGAAAGAGAAACCCUGGGACAGGGUGAAGCUCAAGCAGUUCUGUCUGAGAUUCACCGUGCCCGCUGCUUAUAGGAAUUUAGUGUGGAAAGUGUUACUUGAUAUACUGCCAGUGUACCAAGAAGCCCACCAAUUUGUAAUGGAGCAGCGUACAGAGCAGUUCCAAGACGCCCUGUACUGUGUAGAAUUGGUGGAACGCAUAAACAUGGAUGCAGUGCGCAGCAAAAUAAUGUUUGAAAUGUGGCUUCUGGAGAAGGAAGUCACAACGCCACCAGUAUUUCCCGAGACUAAUUUCUCUUCUGCCGACACCUUCAUACCAAUAGCCGAGUCGUUACUGGAGCUGUUCACAGACGAAGUAGACAUAUAUUGGAUAACCAAGAGUUUAACAGAGAUGGUGAGGAAUAUGCAGAAAGACAUUGGCAAGCUUAAGGAAACCUUCCUCACCAUGCUGGAGAAGGAAGACGGAGAACUUUACAACCAUUUAUCAGACUUGGGCGCAUUGGAAGUCCUGCCUCUGAUCAAGUGGUUUAACUGCUGUUUUGCUGGAAUUUUGGAUGAGACCUCACUUGCUAAGAUAUGGGACAAACUCUGUAGUGGUGCCCCUAAAAUAUUGUCCUUUGCUGCAGUAAUGUUAGUUAUAACUUUACGACGCAAUAUUUUGAAGGCGAAAUCUGCAGAAGAAGUGUUCCAAUGCGUCUCAGAGAUACCGGAACAGUAUGAGGAGCAAGUUUGUGCGGUUGCAAAUAAAGCUAUUGAUCUUUGGCAAUACUAUGGUGCCCUCCCACAAAAUGAUCAGCUAGCUAAAAAAUGAUGUAUGACCUUCUAAUGAGUUUAUCUCAUUAGAAGUAAAAAGGACAAUUCGGCCAGAAUUUCUAAACUAUUACAGCUAUUCUGUAAAAAAUACAUUCUUAACUGUAAUGUACAAUAAAACAUAGAUUUGUUGCGUAUAUAUGCGGAUAUAAUGAUAAGUAAAUAAGUUAACGAAAUAAAUAUUGUCAAAAUAAAUAUUGUAAAAAUAGACAUUGUGUUACGAAAUAAAUAUUGUCAAAAUUAAAGAUGAUAUUAUUAGGAUUUAGAUAUUGUGUACUUUUGGCGUGUUGUGGAAUCCUAAGAUGUAAUAUUUAAUGUAGGUUUAUAAAGCACUGACGUAAUAAAAUAAUAAUUUACAUUUA